CGCCGCUGCAGGGGCCGCUCCUCCUGAGGCCCUGUCCCGGCCCCCGCUCGCGGGGCGCGCUCCUCGGCUCGCGGGGCGCGGGUCCGCGGGCGCGGCCAUGGCCCUGCGGCGGAGCCCCGAGCCCCCCGGCGGGCCGGCGCGCUGGCUGCCCACGCACGUCCAGGUGACGGUGCUGCAGGCCCGCGGGCUGCGGGGCAAGGGCACGGGGGGCAGCAGCACGAGCGACGCGUACACCGUGAUCCAGGUGGGGCGCGAGAAGUACAGCACGUCGGUGGUGGAGAAGAGCACGGGCUGCCCCGAGUGGCGCGAGGAGUGCGUCUUCGAGCUGGCCCCCGGCGCGCUGGACGGGCUGCUUCGGGCGCAGGACGCGGCCCCCGACGCCCCGGCCCCGGCGCCGGCCGAGCCCGCCUGCGAGCUCGUGCUCACCGCCAUGCACCGCUCGCUCAUCGGCAUCGACAAGUUCCUGGGCCAGGCCAUCGUGGCCCUGGACGAGGUCUUCCGCCAGGGCCGCGCCCAGCACACGCAGUGGUACAAACUGCACUCCAAGGCGGGCAAGAAGGAGAAGGAGCGCGGCGAGAUCCAGGUCACCAUCCAGUUCACGCGCAACACCCUGAGCGCCAGCAUGUUCGACCUGUCGGUGAAGGACAAGCCGCGCUCGCCCUUCGGCAAGAUCAAGGACAAGAUGAAGGGCAAGAAGAAGUACGAGCUGGAGUCGGCCUCGGCCAUCGUCCCCGGCAGCGCCCUGGAAGACCCGGACCUGCUCGGUGGCUCCAGCAAGAAGGCCAAGGCCAAGGCCUUCUUCCUCCGCAACAAACUGCGCAAGUCCUCGCUGACGCAGUCCAACACCUCGCUGGGCUCCGACAGCACGCUCUCCUCCGCCAGCGGGAGCCUGGCCUGGCUGGGCUCCGAGUACCUGACGCGCUCCCCGAGCCGCCACAGCCGGCUGUCCACCGAAGGCGGCAAGGAUUUGGCUCCGUCCCCCAAACUGCUGACCCACAAGCGGGCCUACAGUGAUGAAGUGAGCCAGGUGCAGGCAGGGCUGCCCCACACUGGCCAUGACUCCGGCUCUGGGUCUUCCCUCUGCAUCAACGGCAGUCACAUCUACAACGAUGAGCCGCCUGUCCCGCUGGCCCACCGCGCCUCCAUCUCGGGCCCCUUCCCUUCGGCCAGUGCCCUCCAUGGCCUCUCCCCGCGGCGGGCCGAGGAGGGCACGGGGCCCUCGGACACGGCCCCCAGGGGCAGCUCUGAGCCGGUGGCUGCAGCAGGUGUGGGCCGAGAGGAGUCUGGAGCACGGGCUGGCGAGGAGGAGGGUCCCCGGCAGGCAGAGGGGAAGCCCGUCCAGGUGGCCACACCCAUAGUGUUCCCAUCUACGUCAGCAGAGAGAGAAGACGGGAGGAAGGAGGAGCGCAAGACCCGCGUGGGUCUCUUCCACCAUCACCACCACGGGGCCGGCCGCAGGGGCUCCCUCGGGGAGAAGAUGGGCCUGGCCCUGGGUGCCUCCCUGCACCCUUCCUCCAGUGGGGAAGAGAAAGGCAGGAGCGGUUGGUUUGGUUCCCGAGAGGGAAAGGAGCACCCCCAGAAGCCCAGCCCCCACCCUGUGAAGCCCCUCAGCUCGGCACCCCCAGAGGGGUCUGUAGACAGGAAGCCACCUCGAUCUAGCCUGAGCUCAGCCCUGACCAGUGGGUUGGAGAAACUCAAGACAGUCACUUCGGGCAGCAUUCCGCCUGUAGCCCCCCAGGCUGACCAGACAGCGGAAUCCAAAGUGAAGCUGAAGGACCCCUUGCAGCCAGACCAGUCGGCCAAGUACUACCACCUGACCCACGAUGAGCUGAUCACCCUGCUCCUGCAGCGGGAGCGGGAGCUGAGCCGCCGGGAUGAGCACGUGCAUGAGCUGGAGAGCUACAUUGACCAGCUGCUGGUGCGCAUCAUGGAGACAUCCCCAACGCUGCUGCAGAUCCCACCAGGGCCCCGGGCCCCCAAGUAACCCCCCUCCCUUGUUCCCUCCCCGAGGGCUCGUAUGUGUGUGCCCGCACACGUGUGCACACACACACGCACAGACACACACACACACACACACACACACACCCUGUGGGCUGGCAGUCUUCCCAGCCAAGAGUUGAUGGUGGAAUUGUAGGGCAUUGUAGGAGAGUAGUCUGGGCCCUUCCUGGCAGGGGAGGAGCCAGGGCCCCAAAGGGAAGCUAUUUCUGCUCCCGUCAGGGCUCCCCCUGCUGCCAGGGACAGAUCUGGGAUGGGAGGAGGCCAGCUCCGCUUGGGGCCUGCUGGAGCUCAGGGGCCAGGGUGGGCUGUAGAGUCUUCCAAGGACAACACAGGGCAGGUAAGGGGGGCUGCUACCUGGGCGGUAGUGAUGCUCCCUAUCCCUGUCUGAGCCCAGGUGUUCCUCCCCGCCCCCCCCCCCAGCUGGAACUAGCUUCUCCCAGUCCCCCACCCUACUGUUACUGCCAGUGUUACCUCUUCGGAAGCAAGCUGCCAAAAUGUGAGCCUGACAACCAGCCGGCUCAUCUGUCACCACUCUGCUGUGCUGCCCCGUCCCCACCACUGUGUGUGUGUGUGUGUGUGUGUGUGUGUGUGUGUGUGUGUGUGUGUGUGUGUGUGGCCCUGCGGUUCAGUUUGGGGGAGGCCAAGAUGGAGCUGGGGACGAGGGGUGUGCUCUGGGUCUUCGGUUCAUUUUAUUCAGGGGAGGGAUUUGGGUUCUGUUGUUUCUCCAAAAGAAUAAUCUGCCCCCAACCCCCAAGUCUUUAUGUGAUCCCAGGCUUCCUGUCUCUGGGGUUCUUCUGGGAUCUGUUUGGGUUUUAAUGUUUAAAAGCUUCUCUGUUCUCUGCUUACCCGUUCAGAUGCCAAAACUCUGCAGCCCAGCGGGGUUUGUACUUAGAAAAAAAUCAUUAAAAUGUAAAAUGUGCCUUGUGGGGAGGGGCCCAGGAAGGGGUCUGGACCAAGGUCCACCUGCCCCGCCUCCCUUUCCAUGAUGGGCUUUUUCCACCCGGCACCCCAUUCCUCCCUGCCGAAGAGAAGGGGCAGAGGCUCCUGGCCACCCCUGCCCUGGCCAUCUGCCUGCAUGGCUCUGGGUACCUCUGGCUCACCUCCCCAACCUUGAGCCGAGUGUGAGAAAAUGGAUGGCUGGCCAGCUCCAUGAAUGAGUUCUCAAGCCCAGGAAACCAGAACUGGGGCGGGGGUAGUAAGGUUUGAUACCAUCCCCCUUUUCCCACUUCACUCAAUGAAUUAUUAAGUAGCUCAGUGCCCUUGCGGCUCCUUCGGAGCUGGGUGCCCCCUCUUCUCUCCCCUCCCCAGUUCCUGCCGGCCUGCCGCUGCCUCCCUCCCCCUUUCCAGGCCAUAUUGUCUCAUAGGAGGUACUGGGAUGCUGCACUUGGGGGAGGAAGUUCUCAGCCACUUCCCUCCCCCCAUUCCCCGCCAGCCAAGCUGCUAUUUUCGCCCUCUCCACCCAGCUGCCUUAGUUAACUGGGCUGUUGCACUUUAAAAAGUAAGCAUUCAUUCUGGGUGUCCCAUGUUUCCCAGCUGGCCCACCUUGGCCUGGCAGCCCCUGGGGCCUGACCUCAGCCAUCUGCCCUCUUUCCACCUUGGAUCUGACCCUCUGGACAGGUGCAUCAGGGCAGCUGUGAUGGGUGCGAGCCUGGGACCCCUUCUGGGAUGGCAGGCUGAGGUGGGCAAGGAAGGCCGCUGGUGAUGGGUCUUGACUUGGCCUCUGGAGGGCUGUGUCAUUGGAGAGAGGAGAAACCUGAGAGUGUGUGUGUGUGUGUGUAUGUGUGUGUGUGUGUGUGUGUGUGUGUGUGUGUGUGUGUGUAUACAGAUGUGUAUGGAAUUUUGGUGGGCUGUCUUGAUGUAGGUAGGAGUUACUGGAGAUUGAAAGCAAUGCCCUCCCCUGUCCUCAGUAGCCUGUCUUGAAAACCGCCUUUGAGUCCUUCACAGCCCUGAUCCUCUCCCUUCCCCAGGGUCUGCAGACAUCCGGGAGCGGGAGGGGGAGGGAACAUCCCUUUUGGGGCACAGCCAAGGAGAGAAGGACCCAGCCUUGCUGGG